AUGACGCCAUCAACCAAAGAGACAGAACAAGUGCUCGUCACAACAACACCUGAGGGUAUUACAACCAUCACCCUCAACCGGCCCCACAGACGUAAUGCCGUCGAUGGACCUACCGCACAGAAGCUCUGGCUAGCGUUUCUGGCCUUUGAGAAUGAUUCCACUCAGAAAGUCUGCGUAUUCAGUGGCAACGGCGGAACAUUUUGCGCCGGCUUCGACUUGCAAGAAUUUGCAAAGCUCGCUGACCGUAGUUCGCAAUACAGCGGGCCCAAUAUCGCGGAACGCGUCAGCGGCCGAAACCUUGGCCCCUGCGGCCCAACGCGGCUGAUGAUCAAGAAGCCUGUAAUUUGCGCAGUCUCGGGCUAUGCCGUGGCUGGUGGCCUUGAGCUAAGUCUGCUCGGAGACAUUCGAGUCGCCGAAGAGGGGUCUGUGUUUGGCCUUUUCUCGAGACGAUUUGGCGUUCCUAUGAUUGAUGCUGGGUCAAUUCGUCUUCCAUCUAUCGUUGGCCUGGGGAGGGCGUUGGAUAUUGUGCUUACUGGCCGCCCGGUUACCGCACAAGAGGCACUUUCCAUGGGUCUCGCCAACCGCGUCGUUCCCAGGGGCAAAGCGUUGGACGAAGCAAUGUCUAUUGCCAAGGAUCUCAUCAAGUAUCCUCAAGGGUGCCUGAAUGCUGAUCGAUAUAGUUGCUACUACGCGGCAUGGGACUCGAAUUCUUUUGAGGAUGCACUAAGCCAGGAGUUUAACAACGGCAUCAAGGUUAUCAAGUCUGAGAGUAUUGAUGGAGCUUUGAGGUUCAGUGCUGGUGAAGGGAGACAUGGUGCUUUUAACAAAUCUAAAUUGUAA